AUGAAAAGCAACCGCAAGAAGGAGAAAUCAUGGAUGAAGAACCAUCCCAUGGAGGGUGACGACAUCAUCACCUCCUUCUAUGACCUUUUGUGUAAGCGAGAUCCCAAAACGAUGAAACCAUGCCGAAAUGUCUUUGUUCCUGACACGGUGGUAUACGAACAUAACUUUCCUCGUGGAUGGUACACAACUGAUGUGAAGGCGAGGGAAGUUAUGCGGCGGCAGGGAAAGGACUUGGAUGCAGCCACAAUUGAGUUUGGCUUCAGCCGCGAUGUUGCAGAGAAUUUUCCCAUAGUGGCCACGUACUUGUCCAUUCACGAGGAGAAUUUAGGCAAUGGCGUAACGGAAACAACAACACGGGUGCAGGUAUUGAACAAGGAGGAUAUUGGUGCUUUUGUUGCACGAAAAAGCAAAAAUAAUGGCAUACUUCAGCGAUUUGUCUUCCCUAAGGGUUACCACAACAAUGUGAUCAAAGUUGUAUGGAGCCCGCGUAUAGCCAUAAUUCAGCGACGUAAGAACAAGUAUCCCAUCAAGGACAGAAAGCGUGCUGAGAUUGAUCCUUUUGCCAUCACAGUGACGUAUGAGGGGCCGGAGUACCUUAGCGAGGAGAGCGGUGUCUCCGCCCACGUAGCAUUUGAGGUAAAGAAUAUCUGUGCUGAGAUAAUCAAGCACUUCUUUCACACAGAGCACAAAUAUAUUACACGCAUGGUUUUGUACUUUAAAGGUGAUGGGAAAGAUCGGCUGUGGCUCUUGUGGUGUGGCUCGUUGCGUGUAGCGGAACGGAUUGUACCGAGUAACAUGCCCAUGAAUCUUGCGCCAAGGUUCGGCGAGCCUGCACGUGAGGGAGCACUUAGCGAGCGGGAGAUGUUGCGCAGAGUUGACAAGGCAUAUUACGUGAUCACGAGAGAUGGACCCUUCUAUGAAACGUACAUACGAGGGGGUGACAGUCAUUCCAACGUAAGUUCUGGGAAGCGAAGUUUUCGUGGUGUUGAUACUCGAGAUUCAUUAUUUGCGGAUGGCGGGGAGUUGGACUCCUUUUAUGCAAAGAAAGUGAACGAGGAGGAGAAUCUUCCCACGGAGUUGAAAGAUCACCUGGAGGACAUGAAAAACGUUGAGGAGAUGGUGUUGGAGACGUUCAGAGAUAUAUUCUACAAUGCUUACAGUCAUUUUUUGAGUGCUACAGAUCGUCCCUUUGACGUUGUGGUGCCUCCUAAUGUGGUAAAUGUCCUCUCACCGGCUUCCACAAGUGAACUUAUGAAAUUCCUCAAAUUGGGAAGGAAAUUGAUAGCAGAACCUUUAAUGCAGGGUGAGAAUGGUAUUCCCAGCGACGCUGCUGCUGAGGGCACUGAGGCCGCUCACGCAUCUUCGGGACAAAUGGGACCGGUUGCAGGUGAGCAACCAAUGGUAUUUGCCAUCCCCGAAAAGUUUUACACGCCCCUCUCGAUGCUGAGUAAUAAAGCAGAGGAAUGGAUAAGAGCGCACUUUAAUGGGCGCCGUGAGGAAGCUAGAAAAGGACAUGGAGGUCAGGCGGAAGGGGAGCAACCACCCGAUGGUGGUUCCGCAGAGCGUGACGAGCGGAAAACGGAUUCGUCCAGCGCGCAGAGGCCUUCUGUUUCCUACGUGAAUAUGUGA